AUGAGCUCAAUGACGUCAUGUUUCAUCCCAUCUUCCCUCAUCAAUCCAAUAAAUCUUCUCCCUCUUAAGCGCUGUUUUCUCGAGUUCGGCUCAUGGACCUACGACAAUAGCCAGUUAGAGGUAGAAUGGUGGAUCUUAGACAACGACACUACGCGCACCCCGAUGCCUUUUGUCGAUUUUGGCGAUUACGUUCCCAGCAAUGAGUGGAGAACGGAUGGGGAAGAAGAGAGCAGGACACACCAUCUGAACCGCACGAAGCAGGUAGGUAUGCAGAGAACGGAAAUUAUUGAAGUCCAUCGUAUUUACGAUCGGCAUAUAUCCUCAUUCAUAUUUGCACAAAAGAAUAGGUCCAAUCUGGUGAGAAAUUGUUUUGUCCCAUUUGCUCGACUUUGCCGUGCUAACAUGGUGGCCUAG